GGCGGCGGUGGCAGCGGUGGUGGCAGCAGCAUGCGAGAGUCACGGUUCAAGGACCACUUCUGGAGUACGGAUCUGACGAGCACAGUUGGCUACGACAGCAUCAUUCAACAUCUGAAUGACAGCAGGAAGAACUGCAAAGAGUUUGAAGACUUUUUGAAGGAAAGGGCAAUUAUAGAAGAAAAAUAUGGCAAAGAGCUCAUUAACUUGUCAAAGAAGAAGCCCUGCGGGCAGACAGAGCUGAACUACACAGUUCAUCCUGGAGCUUUGAUGGUCAGUGAUGUGCUGACUCUGGAUCUGUUAUCUCCACAGAUAGAGCUGAUAAUGGAGGCAAUUCACAAAAACAGGAAUUUGCAGUACAAGAAGACCAUGGAGGCCAAGCGGCUCUACGAGCAGCGCUGCAGGGAUAAGGAUGAGGCGGAACAGGCUGUGCACCGCAACGCAAACCUGGUGACGCAGAAGCAGCAGGAGAAGCUCUUUCUGAAGCUGGCUCAGACGAAAUCAGCUCUGGAGGACUCUGACCGGAGUUACCAGCAGAACGUUACCACACUGGAGAAGAUUCGGGAAGAAUGGCAGAAAGAGCACAUCAAAGCUUGCGAGUUCUUCGAAACUCAGGAGUGCGAGCGGAUCAACUACUUCCGCAAUGCCCUCUGGCUUCACGUCAACCAGCUCUCCCAGGACUGUGUCCAGAAUGACGAGAAAUAUGAGGAAAUCCGCAAGAGUUUAGAAAUGUGCAGUAUUGAGAAGGAUAUUGAUUUUUUUGUAAGUUUACGCAAAACUGGAAGUUUGGCUCCAGCUCCUGUUGUUUAUGAAAACUACUAUAAUACACAGAGAAAUGCAACUCCUGUGAGAAGUCCAGUUCCUGUACCUAUAUCAAGGAGGGGACCUCUACCCACCCCGACCAGUGCACCAGGUGAGCCUGAUUAUGCCACAGUUGAUGGCUACAGCUUGAUACAUCACUAAUAGCCACAGUUCUCCAGGCAGAAGACACUGUCAGACUGGACAGCAUGGCAGAGGUGGUGUUUCCAGUUAUUCCCAGCUGUGCAGAGCUGAAGUGCUUCUCCAUUUUAAAAAAUUAUUUAAAGACUCUGAUAAUUACUUGUACAUUCAGAAAGUGCCUACUAAAAAUCUGUACCUUUGAUCAGCCAACUCCUUCAGUGGAUAUCCCAUCUUCACACUCAGGAAGAAAAGGAAUACAAGCCAUGGACCCAGACACAGGGAUGAUCUGUGUCAGAAGAAGUUUUUGAUUUGAAGUUCUCCUCAAGUGUAGCCAUCUAGAAGAGGCUGGAGCCUCCCACUCCCCAGAUAACUUAAGAAGUCAUACAUGCUGAGCGGAGCGCUGUGUGAAGUUUUGGGCAUGCUGGCUUGUGUUCAGGGCAUAUGUAUUCCACUCAGAUCUCAGAUUACACUUCUCCUCGUUUCUGAAGUCUUUCAUUAAUGAUGAUUACACUUAUAAUUUAGGUUUAAUUUAGCUCGUGUCUCUCAGGGCACUUACUUAGAGGAGCACCAACAGUUAGACCAUGUGUCUGGCUCAGCUGUAGAUGUGCUCCAGGCUUAAGCGCUGCUACUGGAAGCUGACUUGCAUCUUGCCUGGUGCAGCACUCCACAGUGCAGCUACCUAGUGAGAGGCUGUGCCGCCACAAACACACUGAAAAGUGCUGCACCUUGUAACAUUGUUGGGGAUCUGAAGGAUGCCGGUCAGCUUUUCCAACCACCUCUGCAACAAGGGGCUUGCAUUUUUUUUUAGGUUCAUAGUAUAGUUUGUCCCUGAUAGGCUCUGAAAACCCCCAUUUGAUUAACUUCUGGGAAUCCCUAAACUGUGGACUUGUUCUGACUGUGCACCAGUGGAAACAAACAUAGCUGCUAACGCUGGGCUGGAGCCAUGAAACUCGUUUUCUGAACAAGUCUCCUCAAAGUUUCUGCCCUUUAUGUUACCAUGUAUAUGAUACAGCUUUGAUUCAGAAGCUCCCAUGCCUCAGGGCUGCUGGUCUCUCUGAAGUCCCUGUGUGCAGCGUUGCUUAACAGCUCCUCAGUGCCUUAUGACACUGGACACAGGGACACAGGACAUGAAGACAGAGUUUAGCUGUCUAAACCUGGUUCCAGGUGACUAACGUUGGAGCAACAGGAGCUGCUAGUUGUAUGAUGCUCUUCAAGUUGAAUCUGCAUGAUUUCAGUCUAUGCCUAAGCUCCCCAGUCCCUGGGGCUUUUACUGUAUUUCCUUGUGCAGAGAAGAUCACAGUGAGCUUUAACAUCUGUCCUGCUGCAUUAUAAUGAACUAUGCAAAGUGCACAUGUCAAGGAACCAGUUGUCCUGUUUUAUUUCUGAAAGACCAAGCGUACAAAUAUUCUUCUAAAGGAGCCUGCUGUAGUCUUAGUUCUUU